UAUCACGGCUAAUUGGCCCGUGAACGACAUCGUAUUGGGGGCUUAGAGAUACCAUCCAUUUUGUCUGCGGAGAUUUUGGUUUUUUUACCCGGGGUUAAAAGAAAUGGCCCGUCCGCAAGUGUUUUUGCAGUCCAAUAACAAACGCCACCGCAGGCUGACCCGAUAGCGAGCGGAGAUUUGGAGCGAUUACGGGCUAACACCCGAACCCAGCUGUCUCUCUCCAUCGCGCUCAGCUGUAAACGGAGCCGACUGCCCACCUAGCAAGUACCAUAUGACCGAGGCACACUCCGGUAGCCGGCCUUUUGGAUCGACAGAACAAACACCCCUCGGACAAAAAUGGACAAAGACGAGUCGGACCGAUUGAUAGAGAAGGCAAAGCUGUGUUUGCGGUCGGGACGGAAAGAAAAGGCGCUUGAGCUGCUCUACGAAGCCCAGAAGAUCUUUCCUAGCACCCGGGCCAGAGUGCUGAUUGAUGCUAUAGUGAGGAAUGGGAGCACUGCUGCUCCAGAAGCAAAUCAUGUACCUCCCCCAAGUGGCUGGCGAGAUGAAGAUUUUGAAAAGAAGGCUGAAGGAAGGGGUUCGAAUGCUGAGGAAAAGAAGAGCUAUACAGAUGAGCAACGGUUGGGUGUUCUAAGGAUAAAGAAUUGCAAGGACUUUUACGAGAUCCUUGGUGUUCACAAAAAGGCCAGUGAUGAGGAUCUAAAGAAGGCAUACAGGAAGUUGGCACUGAAGUUCCACCCUGACAAGAACUUUGCUCCAGGGGCUACAGAUGCAUUCAAAGCAAUAGGCAAUGCUUAUGCAGUGCUGAGCAACCCUGAGAAGCGACAGCAGUAUGAUCAGUUUGGGGAGCAACCUCCAACCCAUCAGCACUCCACCCAAAGUCACCACGGACACUAUCGGAGCUUCAACAGAGACUUUGAGGCUGACAUCUCUCCUGAAGAGCUGUUCAACAUUUUCUUUGGAGGAAGGUUUCCAACGGGCAACAUCCAUGUAUACACCAACCGAGGAGCUUCUUACUCUCAAUUCUACCAGCCUCGUCGUCGGCGUACUUUCGAGAGACGUGAGGAAGAGGCGGAGGAAAAUCGCAGUCAGAACACCUUUACAGCUCUCCUGCAGCUUCUUCCUGUGUUGGUGCUGAUACUCAUAUCAGUGUUCACUCAAAUGAUGGCCACCAAUCCGCCCUACAGUCUCUUCUACAAACCGGCAAUGGGACUGGUGGUGUCCAGGGAAACGCAGCACAUGGGUGUACCUUACUAUGUGGAUAAAAGUUUCCAGAAGGAAUACCGCGGAGCUGCGUUGGAAGAGCUGGAGAAAACCAUUGAAAGUGACUACAUCGACUACCUACAGAACAGCUGCUGGAAGGAGAAACAGCAAAAGUCUGAUUUGGCAAACCUCGGCCAGUUGUACCGAGAUGAACGACUGAAGCAGAAGGCAGAGUCUAUGAGGCUGGACAACUGUGAAAAGCUACAUCGCUACGUUGGCCGACAGAGAGGAGAAUGAAUUGCACUUGAGAAGAGGAGGCAUUCCUUUCCAAAUUUAUCUUGAACAGUACACAAACAUGUGGUUUGUAGAAUAGUUUAAUUUAUUCAAUUAGGCCACUUUGUAAAGAAAUGUCCCUUUGGAUAGAGCAUGGUGGCAAGGCACGCCACUGGAAGCAGAUGUGCCUUCUCUCCUCUUGGAUGGAAGAAAGUAGAGCUGCAUGGAAGCUGCCAAUUAUGGGUAUGUGUUGAUUGCAACAUCAAGUGCAGUCUCACUGUGGGAAUGAUUUAUGAGGUACGAGAGCCUUUAUACUUGAGGAUUUGUGCGAGAGAGGUUCCUAUGGAGGUUGUGUCUUCACACCUAAGCGGUUUUUUUUAAUCACACACUUUUAGAAUUUGUAGCUUACCUGUAUUUAUUUGUUCUUUUGUUGUUUUUUUUUGUCCUGAGUGAAAUUAGUGUUUAUUUAUUAUAUUUAUUUAACAGGUCUUUUGGAGUGAAUGUUGCAAAAGCAGUAUUUUGUCUUUACGUAGGAAGUGAUAAAAGUGGGUUUUCCUACUUUCAUUUGCAUAUUGGUGUAAUCUUUCAAGAAAAUUCAGAGCUUCUGUACUGUGAAAGACAUUUAUAUUAAGCAGCUGACCUGCGGCACUAUGGAAGUUAGAGGCAAUAGUGUAGUUGAGUUGGAAGUGAUACCAACAUGACCACUUUGUUUUUAAAACCAAUGAGCUAGUUUAAAAAGAAAGAGCUUGCGCUUGCCAAAAAAAAAAAAAAUCAGCAAUUUCAAAACCUGCUGUUCUCUCUGGGCUAUUUGUCCUAUUGAAUACUUUAUUACCAUGACCCUUCCUUUUUGCAUGUAUUUAAUGACUUUGCAUAGAUCUUGCAGGUGAAUUCUGCCACACAGUCAGGUGUCCCAGCCACAGGCAUAUGCUUAAAAAGAAUGACUGUUGCAUAUAGAGAUGGGGAAACUGAGGCUGUUUUAUGUGGUUUAUCAAAACCUGAAUUCCAGUUAAUCUUUAGAAGCACCUAGCUCAUCUUAUGGCAGUAAUGCCAGUGUUGAUUUUUCUCUGAAAAACGUCAUCCGGUAACCGUCCAGUGUCCUCAUUCACAAUAAUGAAAAACAGGUAGAAGAGCCCCCUUCUGAAAAAAAGGUUAGCGACCCAAUUUUUCUGGGUGCUUCAUAGCCUGGAUUAUUAAUGUUUCUUUGUUGUUGUUUUUUGGGUUUUUUUUUUUUCCACUGGCACUUUUUACUAAAGUGAAAACCCGGCUGUCGGCAGCUUUCACCUCUUGGCUUGUCUGUUACAUUGCGGCCAUCACAGCACCUGUCUGCCAAAGCCAGAAUCUAGAGAGAUAGUGAUAUCAUGUCAUGGACAGGAGGCAAUCUUUGCAGACUCUUGGACUGAGUGAGCUUUUACAGUUACAUCAUUUCACUGACAUUCAUACUUUUUUUGCUCUGCAUUAAUACUCUGCCAAACUGCCUUAGCCUUUUGUCUCUGUUGAAAUUAUCGACCAGGUUUCCCAAGCACCUUUCAGUUCUCCUUAAAUCUUUCAAUCCUGUGUCCCAUACCCUCACACUCCCUAUUGCAUGCACCCUUGUGGGAAACUCUCGUAUUUGUUUUUUUCUUUUGAGGAGGGGGCGCCUUCUUGUCCCAGUGUUGAGACAGUAAAAUGUAUUGAUCAGAGUAUUUCUGUGUAUGGAAAAUGUUCCAUCUAGUGCAUAUAACUGCAACUUUCAAGUCUGCCUAUCAUCAGGCCCAAUCAGAAUCCACAACCUCCUUAAAACCACUGCUUUUGUAUACUGCCAUUAGCAGAAAAAAAUGAGGGAGGGAAAUUGUGACCACAUUCUGUUUUGGCCUGAAUUACUCAUUUUCCAAAUGAAGUUGUAGCUUUUAAUUUUUGAAUCCUUUAUCUUUUAGUCAGAUAAUAACGCCAGCACAUGAAGGUCCGCGGUCAGCGAACAGUGGUGGGUGCAAAUUACAAACGCUUUCCCUAAGUACGCCUAAUAGAAAUCAUUUUUGACCCGAUUAAAUCAUCAGGUCAUUGUAAUUUUCUGCUGUUGACUUGGUUUCCAGUUCAUAUGAAAUGAUGCACACUUUCAAGCUGGUAUAUUAAAUAGUUACUCAACUGUUUGCUGUCUUUUGUAAGUGUUUAUUUCAGAGAAAUUCGCUGCAACCAUUCUACGGAUCAGCUGAUUUUCGUAAUGGUGAUGCUAAUGUUUUUCAGGCAGCAGAAAGUGAGUGCAAAAUAUUGGUCAUUGCAUGUCAAAUAUUUGUUAAUUGGCCAUUACACAUAAAUCUGAAGUAACAAAAAACACCCAUAUUUCACCUUGUAUUGUGUUUGAACCAGUCACCACUCCCGUUAGAAAACUAUCAUAGACACAGUGGGGCAUGCAGGUAUUCACAAUUAAGGUUGUUUUGCACUGUAGCCAAACAUCAUCUGGUUGAAGACUUCUCAUCAAAAGAUUAUUUUUUGAAAAUUGGGCCAAUGCUUCCAGGACUAUGGGAGGAUUUCACAUGAAAAAUGUAAGAUUUAGACAGAAGCCGGCCUUAUGCUACAGUAGCCAAACCCAAAGCAGCUUUAAUACUUAUUAGACACCGCUGAUGUCCUUUGUAGCUAUACUAAUCUUGGAGAGAUGGGAGCACAGCAUAGGAUCACCCAUUAUAAAUCUUAUUUCAGUAAACCUCCAUACACCACAGCUCGCUCCAGCCAAGUGUCUCUCUUUCAACACUUUUCCACUGACCAUGCUUUUUUUCUAAGAGACUGCUGUUGUACACCUUGUGGCUCCUUCCUUUGUAUAUGCUCCACGGUCGUUUCCAUUUCAUUCGAUUAUGCCUGGAAAGUUAUAGUACUCAUCCAAUACACCAUUGACAGAAUCAAGUGGUAUUGGCAAGGAUCUCCUUUCUCUCACUUGACUGCCAGAACAUGUACCGGUUUGAGAACUUGACAUCUCUCCCUGUCUGCUUCCACCUUUCCCAAGUUGGCUCCUGCUAAUUCUUGGAUUUAUUCCAGUUUGAUUGCUGUUGUUCCUUGCUAAAUAUAUCUUUAUCAAACCCAAAAUAGACUUUAAAAGGUGGCCAAGUGGUUAGUGCUGUCGCCUCACAGCAAGAAGGUCCUGUGUUCAAACCCCGGGGUUGUCCAACCUUGGGGGUCAUCCUCUGUGUGGAGUUUGCAUGUUCUCUCCAUGUCUGCAGUGGGUUUUCUCCAGGUGCUCCGGUUUACCCCACCAUCAAAAAGACAUGCAUGUUGGAGUUAAUACUCCUGUCUGUGCCCUUGACCAAGGCAUGGCAAGAGAAACUGGAGUUGGUCCCCGGGUGCUGCACGGCGGCUGCCCACUGCUCCUAGCUACACAGCUAGGAUGGGUUAAAUGUAGAGCAUAAUUUUCCUACGGUGAUCAAUAGAGUAUAUCAAAAUUAAAAAAAAAUAAAAAAAUA